AUGUCCAUGUCUGCCCUGUACUGCGCUGGUACGCGCACCGAGCGCGGGCGUCCUUACGGCUACAAACCCGGCAAGGCGGCGCGCGCGGCGGCGGAGCCCCGCGGAGCCGGCAGAGCAGUUGACCAUGCUCUGGCUCGUUUAAUAACUGCGUACGCUGAACACGGCCACAAAGCAGCCAAAAUAAACCCCCUGUUUGCUGGCCAGGCUGUUAUGAACAUGGUACCUGAAAUCCAGCAGCUGGCUGAAGUUCUUCAAGGGCCUCUCGUUACUACAGGGCUUCUAAACAUGGGAAAAGAAGAAUCUUCCCUAGAGGAUGUGUUGGCUUACCUUGACCAUAUAUACUGCGGGCACAUUUCCAUAGAAACAAGCCAGCUUCCAACUCUGGAGGAGAGGGAAUGGUUUGCUAAAAGGUUUGAAGAGCUAAAGCAAGAAGCAUUUACACCUGAAGAGAAAAAGCACUUGUGCAAACUGAUGCUGGAGUCCCAGGUACCUUGUUCUCCUUUGUUGGAUUGUAAUAGAGUCGUGGAAUCUUGUCAUGGAUCCUUUACUGCUCUGGACACUAUUCAUGCAGAAAAAGAACAAUCACUAUUUCCUAAUGAGACUUUUCCAUCUUCUUCCCUAAUGUAGGUUCAUGGCGACGCUGCUUUCUCUGGGCAAGGGAUUGUUCCUGAAACACUGACCCUCUCUAAUCUACCACAUUUCAGAGUUGGUGGGAGCAUCCACUUGAUUGUUAAUAACCAGCUGGGCUAUACCACUCCUCCAGAGCGAGGAAGGUCGUCCCUGUACUGCAGUGACAUUGGUAAGAUCAUUGGGUGUGCAGUUAUCCACGUGAAUGGGGAUGAUCCCGAAGAAGUUGUCCGUGCCACACGCCUGGCCGUCGAGUACCAGCGCCAGUUCCGCAGGGACGUCAUCGUAGAUUUGCUGUGCUACAGGCAGUGGGGCCACAACGAGCUGGAUGAGCCCUUCUUCACCAACCCCUGCAUGUACAAAAUCAUCAGAUCCCGUAAGAGUAUCCCAGACACGUAUGCAGAGCACCUGACAGCUGCUGGGCUCAUGGCUGAGGCUGAAGUGUCCGAGAUAAAGACGAUGUACUAUUCCAAACUCAACGACCACCUUGCCAACAUGACGUCGUACAGCCCACCCGCCACCAACCUGCAGGCUCACUGGAAAGGCUUCGUGGAGCCUUCUGCUAAAAUCACCACCUGGGACACCGGGAUGCCUGUGCCACUGCUGCAGUUCAUUGGAGCCAAGUCUGUGGAGGUGCCCGAAGAGCUCCGGAUGCACAGCCACCUCCUGAAGACCUACGCGCAGUCAAGGGUUCAAAAAAUGGAGGAAGGAAAAAAGCUGGACUGGGCAACAGCUGAAACUUUAGCAUUUGGUUCUCUGCUGAGCCAAGGGUUUAAUAUCAGACUAAGUGGACAAGAUGUUGGCAGAGGAACCUUCAGCCAACGACACGCGAUGUUGGUUUGCCAAGAGACAGAUGAUACCUACAUUCCUCUGAAUCACAUGUCCCCAGACCAGAAAGGUUUCCUAGAGGUGAGUAACAGUCCCUUAUCUGAAGAAGCUGUGCUUGGUUUUGAAUAUGGAAUGAGCAUUGAGAGCCCCAAGUUACUGCCAAUUUGGGAAGCUCAGUUUGGAGACUUCUUUAAUGGAGCCCAGAUAAUAUUUGACACUUUCAUCUCUGGAGGUGAGGCCAAAUGGCUUCUGCAGAGUGGGAUAGUAAUUCUUCUUCCCCAUGGCUAUGAUGGUGCAGGCCCUGAGCACUCGUCCUGCAGGAUGGAACGGUUCUUGCAGAUGUGUGACAGCUCAGAGGAGGGAGUUGAUGGGGACCAGGUCAACAUGUCAGUUGUCCAUCCCACCACCCCAGCACAGUAUUUCCAUUUACUCCGGAGGCAAAUGGUCCGAAACUUCAGGAAACCUCUCAUUGUUGCAUCUCCCAAAGUGUUACUCAGGCUCCCAGCUGCUGUAUCAAGUUUUGAAGAAAUGGCCCCAGGGACAACAUUCAAGCCUGUCAUUGGUGACUCCUCGGUAGAUCCUAAAAGUGUCACCCAAGUGGUGCUGUGUUCUGGAAAGCAUUACUAUGCUCUGGUGAAGCAAAGAGAGACACUGGGAGAGAAGCAGCACAACACAGCUAUUCUGAGACUUGAGGAGCUCUGUCCUUUCCCCCUGGAGGCUCUACAGCAAGAGUUGAGCAAAUACAGCCAAGCAAAAGACUUCAUCUGGAGUCAGGAAGAACCACAGAACAUGGGGCCAUGGUCCUUUGUGUCACCACGGUUUGAAAAGCAGCUGGGGCUUAAGCUCCGCCUUGUGAGCAGACCUCCCCUCCCAGCCCCAGCUGUUGGCAUUGGAACCCUCCACAACCAGCAGCAGGAAGACGUUCUGAGGAAGACAUUUGUCUAAUUUUUCAACAGACAGACUGCUCCUGCUGCCAGUCGUGUUUGGUGCCUCCUCCUGUGAAGAAGAACAAAGGCCAGAUCCUUAAGACUCUUGGUUCUCCAAAAUGGAAACCAAAAAAAGGGUGGAAUGAGUUUGGUAAUGAUGAAGAAAUUUUUUCAUGUAGGGGAAAACCUAAUGAUGAGAAAGGAUGCCUGUUACUCUUGAUACUUCUGGUUCUCUUGUAGUAUUUUCUACAAAACGUCUUUUUAAGGUUAAAACCAAAAUCCAGUCUAGGGGACAGAUUGGUGAGGUGACUAUAUAAUGCCUUAUAUCACACUGCUUAUCUGCACUUUACAGUUCCUGGGGUGGUGCAUGUGUGGAAACAGGCUCUGUUUCUUCUGUUUCCACAUAAGUGUUAGUGCUGUUUGGUCAAAUAAAUGCUUCCCCAUGCCUGGGAAUGAGCCAUUUCUGUAGCA